CCUCCGUCAAUUCGGAUGGUUGCUUCAGUCCCGCGUGGUUUCGCUUUCGAAGAGGGUUAUGGAGACUGCUUGAAUCAUUUCAUCGACAACAUCAUGGUACGGUGGAUUGGGAUUUUCGCACUACUCGUUGUAGUUUCAGGGGACUUCCUACAUUUCCCAAGAGGGAAAAGGCAGGUGACUUAUCAGGCAGAUGAAAAUCAAGAAAUAGACGAAAUAACAGAUGAUCAUUCUGUACGACCUGUUACUAAAAAGCCUCUGCCUUUGCAGUUGGUGUAUCCAGGAGACUUGAGCAGUUUUUAUAGUACUGAAUCGCCCCAACGAUCACCAUCUGAACUUUCAAACCAGACGUCAACAAAGAGUAACAAGAAUCCCAUCGCUCGAGAGCAAAGUAAUCGCAGCAAGCGAAGUUCUACGCUUUCUGGAAACACACAACAGUCACAGAAGGCAAUAAAAAGUUUGAAACCUCUUCUGCAAAAAAGUAGACUUCCGCUUCAACUCGAAAGUCGUCUGCAUGCUUCUUACCACAAACCUUCGGUUUCCAUAAUGAACGAUAUACCAGUUGAAAUGUCUUUCGAUGGAGCUGGUUUUCUGAGAUACGAAGAGGAUUCUGAAGAAGAUAAACCUCUAAAACCCAGAAAUCCAACCGUAAGAUCGCAAAAAGUAUUAAAGGAUAAUAAUCAUGCUCUGGAUGAUUUUCGUGCAGCUUUUAAUAUAAGCAGAGAACGAAUGUUAAGCCAGGUGAAAUUUGAUGAUGACAUAACAUAUCAAAAGGAAUCACCUAUCAUGACUGAAAAUCAGGAAAAAGUCAUGGAACAAGGCAGUCAAGGAACAGAAACAAUUCCACCACCUGCUAUCGAUUUCAUGACGGCAUACCAGCAUGGAGUAUUUGGAAAUGGUCAACUAAAUUAUGCAACUGCAAAUACGCAACUUACACAAACCGACCCGUUCUCCUUCAGUUAUCCAACUUUUAUCCAUACUCAACAAAAUAUGAACCAAAUGGCUUCACCAGUGGCACAACCUGAAUCAUUUAUGCAAAAUCACAGAGUACAACCAACAAAUUUCGUUUCAACCAAUCCUCUGACCAUGCAUUCAGCUCUUCCCCAACAAUCGUUUGCGGUCAACCCUGGGUACACACAAAAUACAAAUCUGCAGUAUCACAAAGUUCAGAGACGCAAGCGUUCUGCUUCCAACUCAGAUGCUACAGUUGAAAGAGAAAUAUCUCAUUCUGCUUCUGAACCGAUUCGCGAUCACUAUAGUUACUCUCAGCCGCAGGAUCAACAAGAUUCCAGCUCCGGUUUCAUUCCCAUUACGGGUAGUUUUAAUGGUGGUACGAUUCAGUUGAGCUUCCCGUUUUACGGCCAAGCUCCCAUGCUUCCACCAAGUUACUCAUCCCGGCCUCCAAUUCAUACCAUUUCCUCAUAUUCUCUACCUGUUACUGAAGGUAGGCAUUAUAGAGGCACAAUGGAACGUUUCUAUCAUCCAUCAGAAGCUCGAAGAUAUUCUUAUGGUAUUUUAGGUAGUGGAAAUUUCGAAGUUAUUAGAGGAGGUGUGUUUCCUAACGAGCGCCACCAUGGACUUCAUGGAGGCUACCAAGAUAGUAGAAUUCCUUAUGGAGGAAACGAAUUUGGAAACUAUGGAACAACAGAGAUAAUUAUAGAUGGACCAAUUCAGGGUUUCCAAGGUUUUGAUAACUUUCCUGCGCAAUUAAUAAACGCUUUAUCAAAACAUUCAGAACUUACGGUUCGUCCAGAUCGCCGUGAUGCAAAAGAGUGAAUUUGUGUUUGCAAGAGAUGCUACAUGGUAGCAUGUUAAUAACAUUAAGAACAUGCUUAUGUUCUACUUAACUUUAUGUUUCUAGUAUUUGAACAAACUUAUUUGUUUUCAAUGUUAGAUGAAAGAAGAAUUUUAUCAGUGAAAUAUAGAAGACUCGAAGACAAUGUUUUCACAUUGUUUUAAAUAUAAAUUAAAUGUUGAAUGCACAGGAGUAUUAAUUCCUGAACAUGAAGGAAAAAAAGAUUCAAAGUUUUUUUGCUUGUGGUAGCUAUUAUUUAAAUGAAAUUUUGAAUAUGUAUGAACAAUUUAGCGGAACUUCACGCAUUUCUACUUGCAAGAAAGAGACCGUAAUGUAUUUUUGCUAGCAAAUAGCUUCACUUAAUUAUAGUAUACAAAAUGGUGCAAGCAUGACCCUUUUUUUACAAAGCUCAAGAAGCAGUAAUGUUUAUUUAUUGAAAAACUUGGGUCAAACUUAGAACGGAAAUUAAUUUUAACUUUUUAAGUUAUCACGAAGUAUUGAAAUUUAGGGAAAGUUCCAUUUACUAAUUCACGGGAAAAGUUAGCUUAGAAUUGGAAGAGUAACGUUGAAUAUAUUUUUAUAGUAAUUAUUAUUUAAAUGAUACAAGUUGUGACAUGUACAGUUUUCAUAGUUUAAUCUACAGGGAAAAAAAGAGAUAAUGUUUUAUGAGCAAAUAUUUUACGUAGUUUGUAUUUCAAAAGUUAAAGAAAAAAAUAUUCUACAAAGUGUAUUAUAUUUUAAUUACAUAUUAGUUACAAUUCUAAAUUUAAUUUUAAGUUUGAAGGUUUAAUGCAUAGAACUGCGUCUAAAGUAAAAUUUGGAUUAUUGCGAGAGCAAUUAAGUAAAAUAUCUGCAAUUAAGUAAAAUAUCUCUGCUAAUAGCAGAGACAUGAAAUUCUGUCCUUUAUUAACAUCAGAAUAGUCUUACUUUUGCCAUGUAAAGAGUACUUUAGCUUUUACUAUAAUAUUAAUUUAAAUAUUAUACGAAUAUGAACCAAAAAUGCUUUCGUAAUUUAAAACAUAGGUAUUAAUUUAGCAUCUAAAGCAUUAGAAACUCAGAUCGAUAUAAAUUAUUCUAAUAGCUUCUUUUGAAAUAAAUAGUGCUGUUAAUAGCAUCCAAAAGGCAUCUCAAUUUUAAUUUUAGUAUUAAAACUUAAGAAAAGUUGAUUUAUGCUAAUAUCACAAAAUCUUUCAUUCCACAUACAUGACAGUGUAAGGGAUGACACGUAUUAUUUGUGCCACAAUGAUUCAGACUAGAGAGAAAAUAUUCUGUUUUAUUUUUAGAAAACAAAUACUUUCUCCGAGCCUUAUCUGAUAUUAUUGGAAAGAUCUGCAUGAAUGUUAUAUUGAAGAAGAAACGUUGUGUAGUAAGAAUGAACUCUUGAAACUUCUACAAGAUUUAAUUUGCAAUUAUGUUUUUGGUGUGAUGAAAGAGGGGGAAAACCCUGUUGAUAUGAAAUUACCCUGGGCAAAUGUAACAGUAGUCAACUACGCAACAAUUUCCCUGGUUAUUAAUGCUUCAUUUUCAUUACCUAAAUUACAAAAUCAUUUAUGCUAUUAAUAAUACAAAAAAUGUAUUUUCCUCUAAUUCCCUUGCAUGACAAAAUUUUGUUUAGAGCUUACAAAUAUAGUUAUAUAUGCAUCUGAAUUAAUCUGACUGACAUUAUUAUGGUAUUUGAACCAUAGAAUUCGUCGGAUAGUUCUUUGAUUUGUCAUUCAAAUAAGAAUUUCAGAAAUAUUUUUGGUAGGACAUUUCUCAAAUUUAAAUUAUGAAUGUCGUAUCUCUUAAGAUAAAAUGUAUACGAAUAUGUAAUCCAAUUUGCCUCGUAUUUUAAAAAUUCUCGAUCAUUCAUUCUUACAAUGAAGUAAGGUAAUUAACAUUAUGAAUAAGUCAAAGAAUAUCCAUGCCAUAUUUUGUAAUAAAUAUCAAGUUAUGUGUGAUACAUAUAUGAGCGAAUAGGUCACGAAAUUUUGAGCGUAUGGAUUUGUCCUUUCCAACUUGUUAUUUAAUCUACUAUAACAAAGCACGUGAGGCCUAUCUAUCAAACGGAGAAAUGCCUGGAGAACUUUCUAAAGUGUAGUAGUAGUAGUUCUUAGUAGUUGUCUACUACAAGGUUAGGCUCUUCGCAGAGUUGACGUUACUUGUUUACAGAAAUCGAAAAAAAUCCACUAAGGGAGUAGUUGCUUUUGAGCAAAUUAGAUGUCUGUACCGGCACACAUAAGCAAUCUUGUUGCAUAGUAACCUUGAAACAGACGACUCAUUCACCGAGAAAUGAAUCUAGUUCAAACUAUCAGUAUUCAGCGAUAUUCCAAUUACUUUUAGGAGAAGCGUCUUUUAUCAAGAACGAAUAUAAUACUGAAAGGAUAGAUGUUUACAUUAACGAACAGAACGAAGCCCUUAAAAAGGAUCAAAUCAAUGGAACGGGACUACCUGGAAGUGCCGAAGCAAAAUAGAAAGCUAAAAACUCACGAAUGAGAAGUAGAACCUAUUUGAAACGCAAUUCUGGAAGAUAUGAAUCUCCAGAAGCAAAAUAAAAAAAUAUAACAAAGCAAAAAUCCUUUUUUAAGUGUAAAUUCAAGGAUGUUAAUACUGGAAAAGCCAGACAUAAACAAAAACAUUUACUUCAAAGCAUACCUUUGUAGAAUGUAACGACGAAAACUUCUUUGUGAUGAAAGAUGAAUCAGUAAACUUCUAGUCCAGAGAAUGACUAAAGCUUAAGAAUGUUUAGGAACAAAGAACUAAAGUUUCUCAGUGCUCCUUUCUAAAUCUUGCGCAAUGAAUAUCUGGUUUUUCGAACCGUUCAAUGAAUAUUUUAAUCGAUUCAUUUUUUGCAGUUCUGCAGCCAGUGAAAUUCAGGGCGAUUAGUCAUACAUUUUCAGAACCAUUUAGUUUUGUACACGAUUUGAAAUAUCUUCGGUACCAUUAAACUUAAGGUUGCAGUUAAGGAGAUUGGUAGUACUAUUUAUUGGUGUUUGCGACAUACACUUCCACAAUCUCUUUUUUCCCACGUUAUUUACAGUUUCAUUGGUACCAUUAAACCUAAGGCUACAAGUGAUGAAACCGGUAGUACUACGCAUUGAUAUUUAAAUUCCAGCAACCAAUAUAAUGUUCAAAUAGAAAGUUUCUUGAAAACAGGUAAGAAGAGAACCAAACCGUUCAACUGCUUUUCUCUGAACAACUUCUUUGCUCUCUAAACUGUGACAUCGCCAGAUAAGAGCUUAAUCAGAGUUUUUUUGCACUGUAUAAAAUAUUAUCGAAACGUAUUCACUAUUUUCAGGUCUGGAAGUGUUCUAAAAUUAACUGAAAAUAUUUACAUGCUACUUCUUGAUGUUAUUGAUGAUUAUAUGCUACUUCUUGAUGUUCAUUUUUACUUAACUAACUUGCAUACUAUUGAGACUGUCAGGUGACUUAUCAUUUUUGUAAGAAACGCAGCUAGCAGAAUGCUGACGCCGAUCUAAAGUGAUUCUCAGAACUGGGCAACAGUAUAACAGUCAGCGUCGCUACCAAAGCUCUGUCUCUAACAUUUCAGAGCUCUGCUGUUAUAUAUAUAUAUACCUUCUUAAUUUGCAUCCUGGUAAAGAAUGACUAAACGCAAAAGUGAUUGUACAGCUAAAUUAAUAAGAUGGUGAAUUAAUUAACAUAAACGUUACAAUGUAAGUGCUCACUUCUUGAAUUAGCAGGUUAUUUACGUUACAUUCUUCAAGGAUUUCUGUCCAAGUGGAGUUUAUCUUAAUUUUUGGUUUUUCGGCUUUUACGUUGUUUUAGUAUUUCUGUCACUUAAGUGCGCGACUUAAGUGUGUUUCUCUGUUUGAUUUCGAUUUUCCUUCCACCUGUUUCAUUUCUCCAAGGAUUUAGUCUUCAAGAGGGUUUUACUAUUUUCACAUUUUUUCAGUCUUUGCAGGCCUUCUCACUUUAUAAGUUUUAUACAGUGGAGGGUUUUAGAGUUUUUCUGCUGCCUUUGCAUUUAAUAUUCAUCCUUUUAGUGUUGUUCGUGUAUUUAAUAAAGGACAGCUUCAUGCGUAAAAAAGCUCAAGGCAUUUCAUCUCCCACCGAUGUCACACGUAUCUCGAUAUUUUUUUAAUCCACUGCAUUGUUUCCCCUAUAAAUCUUAACAAUAGUAUCCUUCUGGGUGUAUACUACUCAUUUCGUUCAUUACGAUGACAGUUUCUGUAAAAUGAAAAAUAAACCAAAAGUAUUUGUUGUAAAUGUUUUGUUGUGUAUGCAAUAUGCGUAACAUAUGAUGAAGCCUUUCUAGAAACAUUCCCUAAACCCAUAGUAAAGAUUUCAAACAGAAUCUUUGUGAUACAAAGUAAAAUAUUUUGCUGCGCAACAAAUGUAAAGCAACGUUAAAAUAACACAUAACCUCGCAGAAAAGAAAAUUCGCUAAGAUUUAUUUAAGAUUUGCCGAAAGUAACGGUACAGAAAAUUUAUAAAUACUAUGAAUGUAAUACAAAAUAUUUACGUUUUUCUAAAAUCAUCUAAAAUGAAUAUUUGAAUACCAUUUGUUCAAAGUUGAAUAUAUUUAGCCAUUUGUAAGAAACAAUUUUCAUAAUAAAAUUAUUCUCAUCCUUGA